GUAUUGGGGUACCAGCCGGUUCUGGAACCGUGGCAUCAGGGUCAGACCGAGACUCCUGCGGUGGACGACUGGUUCAGGCGGAGGAGACAUGGGAGGCCGCCCGUGUCCAUCACCAGCGAGCCGCGCGUCGCCAGAAAGCCAGCGCGGACCGUCACCGCAGUGAGACGACUGGGUCUGGCUCUCGACACGUAACCUGCCCCUCCGCCUGCCCUGCCAGAAGCUGGGUCCGCGGUUUGUGGGGCCAUUUAAUGUCCUGAGGAGGGUGAACGAGGUAUAUUACAGAUUACAGCCUCCCUCUGAUUAUCGUAUUAACAACUCGUUCCAUUUGUCUAUCCUCAGGCCGGUGGUGGCUGGUCCGCUCCAGGAAUUUGAGGUGCGGGAGGUCCCUCCACCCCCUUUGGACAUCGAGGGGGCCCCGGCGUACAUCGUUCAUUCCAUCCUGGAUUCGAGGCGUUGGGUGGGGGGCCUUCAGUACCUCGUGGAGUGGGAGGGGUACGGGCCGGAGGAGAGGGGCUGAGUUCCGGUUGCAGAUGUUUUGGAUCCUGAAUUGCUACGGGAGUUUCACGGUCGCCGGCCGGAUUGCCCUGUGCCUCGUCCUCCGGGUCGUCCUCGAGGUCGGUUUCGGCGCGCCGCUGGAGCCGCGCGUCAAGGGGGGGCCCUCCGGCUGUCCUUUCUGCUGUGUCCCGGCUUCUGACUGCUGAUUGGAGCUGGCCUGGUGUGCGUAUAGGUGUGUGAGAGAUUGUAAGGAGAUGAAGUCCAGUAUGCGUCAGUGGCGGAGGCUGCUGUUGGUGGGCAUGUUGGUGUGGGCCCUCCUCUUCCUGGCUCUGCUCUCCUACUUCCUGGAUACCCCCGUGUACAACGAGCCCCUGACCUCCGCCAGCUCCUCGCUCUCCCAGCACCCCGACACACGGCGCCUGGCCUCCAUCCAAGGCGCCUCCCACCAGCAGCACCACUCCAUCAUGGGCUCCCAGCCCGAACCCACCUACAUCACCUUUACCACAGCCUAUCCCGACCCAGACCCUAACCAUUACCCAGACUCAGAGCCUAGCUCCUCCUCCACCACCCCUGAGCCUGGCCUGGAGCUGAGCUACGGGACCAGCCAAGAGAUGGAGGGGGGCAGCCGCCAGCAGCAGGACUACCUGGACGCCCAGACCCUGGCUGCCUGGUCCUCCUCACGCACGGAGAACGUGGGUUCCCACUCCGACCAGACGGUGACUCGAAACAGUGAGAGACCUGCAUGGACCGCCUCCAACGCCGGCCGGGGGCCCAACCGAACCACACGCCGGUCCUCACGUGAGGAUGAAGAGGAUGAGGAGGGGGUAGAGACGAACAACAGCCACAAGAGGAGGACCAUGGUGGGGGAUCAUGGGGGGGAGAGGCGAGGAAAAGAAGAGGAUGGUUUAGAGGAGGACUACUACUCCAAGUCUGCCUCGCUGGUGCAGCGACUCUGGCGGGGAAAAGUGUCCUCUGGGAUGCUGUCCCCGCGACUGCAGCAUGCCAAGCGGGACUACCUGAGUGCCAACAAGCACCACGUAACCUAUAAAGGAGGCCGGCGGGCUGCUCAGAGCUCCAGGGAACUACUGUGUGAGCUGAAGGACCAGGCCCGGCUGAGGACGCUGGACGGGUCCGAGCAGCCUUUCUCUUCACUGGGCUGGGCCCGCCUGGUACCGCGCCUGGCCCUGGAGAAGCUCUACAGACAAGGGGGCCAGAGAGGCUUUAGGAGCUGUGCUGUGGUGACCUCUGCUGGGGCUAUUUUGCACUCAGGCCUGGGGAAGGAGAUCGAUUCCCAUGAUGCAGUUCUGCGGUUCAACACAGCACCUACAGAGGGCUAUGAGAGGGACGUGGGGAACAAGACCACCAUCCGCAUCAUUAACUCGCAGAUCCUGGCCAAUCCUGAUCACCGCUUCAACACCAGCUCCCUGUAUAAGAACGUGACUCUGGUGGCCUGGGACCCUGCUCCGUAUGCUGUCAAUCUACACAAGUGGUAUGCCAGUCCAGACUAUAACCUGUUCAGGCCUUACGUGGAGCACCGGAGGCUCCACCCCACCCAGCCCUUCUACGUCCUACACCCCAAAUAUGUGUGGCAUCUCUGGGACGUGAUCCAGGGCAACACCCAGGAGACCAUCCAGCCCAACCCACCCUCCUCUGGGUUUAUAGGCAUCCUCCUGAUGAUGGCGCUGUGCGAAGAGGUUCACGUGUAUGAGUACAUCCCCUCGCUGCGGCAGACAGACCUGUGCCACUACCACGAGCGCUACUACGACGCUGCAUGCACCCUGGGGGCGUACCACCCGCUGCUCUAUGAGAAGAGUCUUGUGCAGCGCAUCAACACAGGCCCUGUGAGAGACCUGAAGAGGAAGGGCCGUGUCACCCUCCCCGGCUUCAACACCGUCAACUGUGAACUCUGAACUAGGAAGCCACACAUGGAACCACCAUGACUCCAUGCGUCUAAGGGUAAACGGUGCAAUAAGAACCUUCUGGACUCUGACCUUAGGGGGAACGCGGAGGCAACCAUGUCGAACCACGUAGAACAGUGGAGAACCUAAGCCAUAGCCCCUCUGUGUGUGGGAUGGGAUCAAACCGGAGGGUACAGCUCUAGUCUAACUACAUCUAAGUCAGGAUUUAUCAACAGAACCCACAUCGGUCAAAACCUUGCCUUCCUCAGAGGCAGGUUUGGGUACGUUACUUUCUAAAUGUAAUCAACUACAGUUACUAGUUACCUGUCCAAAAUUGUAAUCAGUAACGGAAUUUUUGGAUUACCCAAACUCCGUAAUGUAAUC